ACUUGAUGUUAGUAAAUGCACCAAACUUUCCAUUUUCCCACGUGAAAUCAAGAUGGCAUCACUUGACAGCCUUUCUUUUAGAGGAUGCACAAGUCUUGAGUACUUCCCACAUGUAGUGGGAAAGAUGGAUGCACUAGACUACAUUUCAAUAGAUGGCACUGCUAUUAAGGAGCUCCCACCUUCCAUUGGAAAUCUUUCUGGGCUUCGAUAUUUAUAUAUGCAUUCCUGCACAAGUCUUAGGGAACUUCCAUCCAGCUUGUUCAUGUUGCCAAAUCUUGAGACGCUUGAUUUCGGAGGCGUUCAUCCUCAAAACAGAAAGUCUUGGAUGAAGUUAAUGCAAGAUACCGAACCUAUUAUCUGCAGCUAUUAUAUGAAGAAAUUGCUUCUCAUGAAUUGUGGUCUGUUGGAUGAAGAACUUCACCUAAUUCUGAACCGUUUUCGAAAUUUGCAAGAGUUACAUCUAUCAAGCAAUGAUUUUGUGUCCCUCCCAGAGUGCAUUAAGGAGUGCACCAACUUGUGGGGGCUAGAAGUGAGUGAUUGCAAGAGGCUAAGAGACAUACCAGAGUUGCCAACAAAGUUGCGUCGUAUAGAAGCAGCAAAUUGCACAUCAUUCACUGCAGAAUCAUUGGACAACUUAUAUUCUCAGGCAAAAAAGGAGUUGCUGAACUUGAUAAUCAUUGUGCCAGCAACGACAUUUCCUGAUUGGUUCAACUAUUGCGGUGAAGGAGACACGUUGUGUUUUCGCGUUCGUGGGAGUUUACCUCGUGGAAUUCUUGCAUUUGAGGUGGCAGGGAAAGCGAACAGGAGCAAGGAACAAACGUUCCCGGUUUUUAUGAGCAUCAAUGGUGUGGGAUUGGUGAGACAUGAUUUUGAUGAACUGAAACAAGACCAUUAUGAUAAAUGGCAUAUUCAAGCUCAACAAGGCAAUUUGUUAUUGCUUGACGGAUUUAUUCAAUCUACAGAAGAAGAGCAAAAGCAUCUGAACAAGUUUAUGGGGAUGGAUUGGAAUGAAGUGAGAAUACAAGUUGUGACUGACUCACCAGAUACAUCAGUUAAGUGGGGAGUUUAUGUCUACAAGGGAACAAACAUGGAGAAUGUGCAGUUCAUCAAGUCUUCUCAUAAUGCUUCAACGCCAUCACUAUCUCUUCCUAAUUAUGAACCACCCAAGAAGCUCCUCAGAACGAACUGAUAUAUAAAGGAACACAGAGAAAGGGUCAAGGACAAUUAAAUAACACCAAACUUUUCAUUCAUGCUAUGGGAGAGAGGUUGCUUCUCCAAUUAUUAAUAAGCUUGUUUGGAGAUCUUUGUAUCAUUAGCUAUCAAAUAAUUGUUAGUUACAUGCGGCACUGAAUACAAAUGAAAAUAAUAAAGACUUUAUUAAUA